CCCGCCCCUUUCCCCUCAGUCCUUCAUCCGCGUAGCUCCGCACCAGAAUGGCGGCUCUUUUGGAAUCUCUUCUGUUGAAGAAAGUGGACAAUAAAACGGUCUUGGACUGGCUAAAGAAUAAUAAGGAAGAUGACAGGCUGGCCUUCAGAGAACCUGCGGUGACAGUUCUCAAACAAGAAUUUGUCCCAUUUCUUUUGAACUUCCUGAGAGUGCAGAGCAGUCAGGCCCUCACCCAUGGUCCUGCGACGCCAGCUAAGACCCCCAGCCGACACAAACCUGCUGCACAGACGCAAAGCUUCAGUGACAAGAGAGGUAGUCGGUCUGCUAGUGGUGGAGCUGGCUCUCGGAGUGCCAGCCGUGUCCAGCUGUUUUCUCCUGCUCCCUCAGUGUCCCCUGGAACAGAGUGGGAUGCUGCUGGUCAGUCAGGGUCUUUCAAUAGCCCCCCUUUUACUCCAGGGUGGAGCCCCGCCUCCAGGCCUUCAGGCGCUGAUCGUCGGAGUAACCAGAGGAUCAAUCUGGGAGACUACAUGGUUUCUCCUCCUGACGUCCAGAACAGCCCCAGCUUCCAGUCACAAAAAGCCCGCAGGAGAGGUGGAGGCAGCAUGGCAGUGGGGGGACAGGGGAAACAUGGAGGGUGGCGUGGAGGACAUCAAAGUGAUGAGAGGAGGUCAGGAAGAGGAGGAGGAGGGAAUAGUAGGAUAAGUGAGCAGGCUUCACCUCCAUCUGUGGAGCAACUUAACUUCAACAACUUGGAAGACUUCCCUCCUGUUGGAUCAUCACCCAUUUCACCGCCGGCAUCUAAACCAUCGAGAAGAAUCAACCCAACACCGGUCAGUGCAGAGCGGCCGCACUCCAAACCAAAGACCUGCUUCACCUCCACCCCGUUCAGUGAGUCUUCGGGCCCCUCAUUAAUUGCAGAGGCGCUUGAGGGGCCAAUGACAGUGGGGAGUCCCCCGAGUCUGCAGGAGGAGAGGGAGCUUCUCAAGAGAGAGAAGACAAAGCGAGCUCAGCAGGUCGGCUCUCCCCUGUCGUCCUCUCUGGACCCUUGCACCCCCACUAAGUCAGGGCUUAGGAUGGGAUCUAAAGUUACACCAGACCUGCAGACACCCUGUCCCGAACCUUUCAAAGUCACCUUCUCUCUGGAACUGGAUCUCCUGGCUGAGCUGUACUGUACCUGCAUCUCUGAAAACCUUGUGCCAAACAUUUUCCUGGAGCUUUUCUUUGUGGUGCAGUUGCUCACGUCUCGGUCGCCUCACACUCAUGAUGAGGAAGAACAGGGCAGUUUGUGUAUGGGUAAUACAGAAGUUCUGGAGAGAAGCUACCUGAGACAAGUACACAACUGUGUGUAUUUUGCGGUGAAGGUUCUGGAGAAUCAGUUUCAGUUGGUUUCUAAUUUGGACAAGUGCACCUUGCGUCUGCUGGCAGAGAACGAAAGAGUGGCGUCUUUCUCUCCGGAUCUCAGAGACCUCCUGACUCAGGCCCAGGAGGGGAGCACAGCCAAGCUCUCUCUUUCAGUUUCUACUUUCAUCCACUCAGUCCCAUUCCAGCCGGCUACUGACAACCGCUCCAACUUUGGUAGUGACAGAGCUUUCCACAUCUUCAAAAAACAGAGAGAUAUUUUUUACGAGGUGUUGCGAGAAUGGGAGGACUAUCACAAAGAGCCAGGGUGGAGUUUUGAUCCUGCUCUCGGAAGCAGGAUAAGGGGAAUGAUGAGUCAACUGACCUCGGCCGGAAACCAUUCCCAUUUUGCUCGACUGUUUCUGAAGCAGCUUGUUCAGAUGUGCAAAGGCCCCAGUGUGAACAGCUCUCCUGGUGAUACUGCCGAUGCUGACCUGCUAGGCAUGCUGGGAGCUGACAGCCUGGGGCGUCUGAAGCGUCUGGAGGAGCGUCUCAUCCAGCCUCAGGGAGUCGCCGGCCCCUGCCCUCCUCCAUCCUUCCCCGAUCACCAGGAGUUCUUCAGGGAUUUCCUGCAGGCAGCUAGCUGCUGCCAGCUGAACCAGCACCUGCAGGACAGUCUGUGCCAGCAGCUCCUUCAGCUGGACGAGGUGUCCAUCCUCAGCCCCCCCUCCAUCGGGGAGGGGGAGGGAGAGGGGGACCUGGAGCAGCAGGAUGAGAAGCAGCGUUUCACCUCAGUGCUGCUCCUCGCUCGUCUUCUCGCAAAAUUCCUGGGAUUCAUUUCCUUUCUGCCGUAUCAAACAUCUGAGAGACCCUCCAGGGAGAUACAGGAGGCUGCUAUAGCGCUGCGCAGCAAGAGUGUUCCGGUGCUGGAUGUGUGUGCGGUGCUGAGUAACAGCAUGAAGAGGAGGCGCACCAUCCUGACGGUGCCCUGGCUGGUGGAGUUCCUCUCCAUGCUGGACUUCAUCGGCCCUCGGCUGCUCUGCUACAGAACGGCUUUGGGAAAACUGCUCCUCCUGUACAGGAAAAUGCUGCUGGGCCGAUGUGGAGAAAUGUGUUACCUGAACAAACUCCUAAUGGUUUCAGUGUUAGGGUGGCUGUUCCAGAUCCCAGUGAUUCCUGAGGAUAUUUUCUUCACCAAUGAGUUCACUGAGGUGGCAAAGCUGGAGGACGGCAUCACGAAUGCUGCAGGGCUAGACUGCAUUCCCCUGGUUGAUCAACAGCUCCUCUAUACAUGUUGUCCAUUUCUGGGUGAGUUCCGUAAGCUCCUAGCUGCUUUUGUGUCUGGAAGCGCAGCCAAGAGUGGAGGAAUUAUCCGCAAGAUCACUCCCACUUCUGCCGACCCGAAGGACACGCCGACUGCCAACAGGUCACAGCAGAAACUGCAGGUGGACCUCGAGCAAGCCUUCUUUCACAACCAGCCUCCGUCGCUGCGUCGCACCGUGGAGUUUGUCGCUGAGAGAGUUGGAUCAAACGCCGUGAAGCACAUGAAGGCGACGUUAGUGAGUGAGUUGGUGGAGCGAGGGGACAAGAUGCUGAGAGAUGGGUUGAAAUCGCCAAACUCAAAUCCUUCGAAACUGAACGACUCCAUUUGUGCUCAGCUGUGUGUCGCAGGAUUGGAGGCCUUGGCAAAAGCCACCAGAUUUUGCUGUGAGAACAGUCCUGAGGCCAUACGCACUCUGCUCCCCCAUGAGACCUCCCCUGCUGUCCUGAACACAUCUGAAAACAUCACCAAACGUCUUGCAACAGAGAAAGCCAGCAGCUGGCUCUCUGCCAACAUCACAGCCCUGAUAAGACGCGAGUGGAAGAGCCGGUAUGAUCGUGUGAUGAAGGCGGUGGGCAGCCCGGUGGCUCCAGGCUGCAGGGAGGGGGAGGGGGCCGUGCUCGAGCCGGUCACCCAGGAGCAGCCCACUACUCCCAAGAGGAAACAAGGGAGUGAGAGAGUGACAUCCUGCCCUCCAACCUGCAGCCACAGCGCCUCACUGCCCUCGGACAUCCUCGUUGAGAUAAAGGAGUGGCUGAGCAUUGCUGUUGGCCCCAUGACCGAUGAGGAGCUGCCGACCGGCCCUCAGCUCAAAACGCUGCUACAGAGAGUUGGAGACACACUGGCCUGCAGAAAGUUCUCAACAGUGGUGUCAGAGCAGAUGCUUCUUAACUGUACUGUCCUCCUGGGCUGCAAACUGGUGUCUGCAGAGCUGCCUGUACUCUCUCCCUCUGAGUGUAGCGGAGGUGAUGGGGUCGUUGUGGUUGCUGGUUCAGGGUCAGAGCCUCUUGUCCGAGCUCUGCUGGAGCAGCUUGCUGAGCUGUGGGAAAGAGACUGCUGUUCCUCCGCCCCGCUCCACCUGCUCUUCACCCCGCUCACUGUCACUGCUGUGCUAAAGGCCAGCGACACUGAGUGGAACAACUACCUGUUCCUGGUUAGAGAGCUGGUGGACAGAGGAGCCUUGAGGGAGGAAGAGGUCGUAUCUCAUUGGAAGAAGUUAACAAACUUGGCCUUGUCAGCGGAGCUGAUAGAGACUUUUCAGCUGCGGUCACAGAGCGUUAAACCCUCGUUGCCUCUGGCUCAGCUGCAGAGCCACAUGGAGAUGCUGCAGGUCUCACAACAGACAGUAGAGGGAGCUACAUGACAACAGUCUCACAACUCGGCACCUCUUCUGUGAUCGCCACAGUGCUCCAUGUCACAUCUGUCAAAGUGUUUUUCUAGACAGAUCUGGGUAACUCUUUGUUGUUGUCCGUUUUUUCGAUUUCGCCACUGCUAUGCAUCAAAGCUGUUCCACAGUCAGCCUCUGCACAGUCUUUGCAAGCCCCUGACUUUUGUUCUCCACCUGUGAAGUGACAGCAGCCUUUCAUGAAUCCCUGUGCUCUUUUGCAAAGCUGCCUGUGAGAACCAGAAAGCCCUAUCAGUCAGAAGUAGCCAGAGGCCCACACCAUCUCACUCCUUAAGAUCUGUUGAACUUUCCUGCAAGCAAACAUGGUAGAUGAUUGUGUCCGAAGGGAAAUACUAGUACAUUUCAAACAGCCAAUACCAUUGCACAGAAUUGGCAAAGACGGAAGAGGGGUCAUCCUCUAACUUCGGAGGAUUCGAACUAUAGUGUCACAAAGAAUAAAACAUUUUCUCCAAAUGUCAAACGUUCAACCAGACAAGCCAUAGUUUGUAAAGACACAUUUGUUACUACAGUGGAUUUUAAAAAUGUGAUUUGGUGGUUUUUGAAUUCACCUGAUAAAAUAAAAUGUCUUAAUCAUUUUAGAAUAGCACUUUCACACACUGCCUUUGCCCGCCACUACUAGUGACUGCAGGUUUAUUUCAUGAAUGCGAGACUGCGUUUGUGAUUGUUUUUAGUUCAUGUUGAACCAGUGUUGUAUGCAUUGUUUGCUGCUUUUAAAUUGAAAUGUUUUUUUUACAUUACCUAGAUAUUAAUAAUAAAGAAGUAUUCUGUGUUAAA